GAGUGUUUAAGAAUGCGAAUCCCUCGUGAGUUUUCGCUAGCCAUCCUAUGUAUCUGUCUUUAUGAUAUUUAUGUCACCGCUUUAUCUCAAAGUAGCGGCAGGUUGGCGCGUGAUAAGAGAUACCUGGUGUAUCCGCCACCUAGAGACUUUGCACCGACAAAAGUUCAGUUAAUCCUCGGCCUCGGUUUACCCAUGGAAGUUGACGUCAGCAUGAUUAUCGGCUACGUGAUGAAAUUUAAUUACGUCCUGCCCUAUAACGCUUCAUACUUGACGGAUCCAUACGUCCGCUAUGACAGAUCGAUCAACCGCCAUGUCGAGCCUGCUGGAAAUGACGCCUCUCCGCCAAAUGCGAAAGCUUUGAUAUCCAGAUGGGAGGGUUAUGAAAUUCUCGAGUCGGCCUUUGAGUCUAUACGCUCGGGGAAAGCCUGCCUUUUGAAAACCAUUUGCGAAGCCGCGGCGGUGCCUUUUAGACGGAGCCAUACUCUGACUGCGCAACUCGCCCAUAUUUUCCUCACACCUUCCACCACGUCUGAGCCAUUUAGGAAUACCUACGAUCAAGAAUAUCAUGCUGCUGAAAUCGCAGGUCAACAAGAUCCAAAUAGUUGCAACAGUUUAUUCCCAGAAUGUACGGAAAACCUAUUAGAUUAUUUUACUGAGAUAUUAGAAUAAUUAUGUCGUUUUGUGAAAGAUUCUU